AUGUUGGUUUCAACUAGUAUCAGUUUUGUUUCUUACUUUGUAGAAAGAAUGUUGGUGGAACAGCAAAAUCGGGUACUAUCGAUUGCUAUGGAAGCAUUAGUACAAGAUUUUGAACCACGAGAUGCGAUUCCAUUUAUGUGCUCAAAGGAUAUCUUCAAUGAUGAUCAGCAAGAAAUCAUUCUUGCUUUGGCAAGUUAUUUUCUACGUACUCUGCGCGUGAUGGAAUUUCUCAGACAGUACCGGAAAGCAGCAAACUCACUUGAUCCACUGAUAAAGUAUUUUGAACAGUAUGGUCAAAAACAUUUGGCAUGUCUUUUGUCAAAAGAAUAUGUACCAGAUGAGCGACCUCUGUUAUCAUCUAAUGAUUUGGAAGAUCGGCUUUUCAAAGAUGGUCAUGUACCAAGAUUACCGUCUUAUUGUAUAAUGCGCACAAAUCUACUGGAAAAAUUAAAGAAUUUGUUAAUCGACUUAUCAUUUCGUGAUCAUUUUUGGCUAAUUGUUCAUGGAUUUCCUGGAUGUGGCAAAAGUUUUUUGGCUUCAUCUGUUUUGCAAGCAUACCCAAUAUUGUUAAGUCGAUAUUAUGAACAUGUUAUAUGGGUUGAAGAUGGUCGUACUAAUAGAAGUCAAGUGUCAGAUGUCAUUUCAAAUUUUGUGUUUUUGGCGACUGAUGCUCUGUUUUUAACAGGAAAAGAAACAGUUGCUCAGAUAUUGUUGUAUCAUAUAAAUUUUCAGGCAAAGGCUGCACUACGUGAGAAGCCAAAUACUUUAGUAGUAUUAAAUGAUGUAUAUCUUCAAAAAAUUGUUCGCUGGUUUGAUAAACUCAAUUGCCGCAUUCUUGCAACAAGUCGUAAUGUGGAUAUAUUUCAAGUUUGUUACUCAAAUCCUGUAUAUUUUUCUAUCGAUCCACCUGGUUUGUCUUUGUCAGAAACAGAGAUGAUGUUCAAAGAAUUACAUUCUUCGAAUUUGGAAAUUUCUCUUUGCAAUGAUUCACAACUUUGCCAUAUUCAUAAGAAAACGAUGGGGCUACCUGCACUUCUAGGCAUACUCAGGCAACAGAUAUGCAGUGAUCACAACAAUUUUCAUAACUUGCUCUCUAUGCUGAAUUAUUGUAGUAUUGCCGCUAUAUCGAAUUUUACUUAUUAUAAUCAUAAGAAUAUGAUUUCUGCCAUUAUGGAGUCUUAUAAACUCUUAACGAAACGACAAAAAGUACUGAUGGAAACUUUCAUCAUUUUCGGCCCAGAUGAGUGGAUACCGCUUGAGUUUAUUUCUUUGUGCAUUGCGUUUGAUAUAUGUGGAACAAAUGAUGUUUCGUGUAUAGUUUUGCAAGAAUUAAAGCCGUUGAUCAAUGCAUCGUUAGUGAAUGAACGUAUUAUUGAUUGCAGCGUUAACUCAAGUUAUACUCGUCCUUUAUUUUAUGAUUACCAAAUUAAUUCUAUUAUGCAUUCUUUCUUAUGCACCAUAGUUGACCGUCAGAACUACUUUCACUCUUUUAUUCGUCCCAGUGUUUCGACAUUCUUGUCACAAGCUCGGUGCAGAGAUACAGAUUUCAUGCAGCGUGUCCAGUCAUUUAUUGAUCUCCAUCCACUUUUAUUUCAAGAAAUACCUUAUGAAAACUGUCUUCAAUCCGAAUUAGCUAAGCAGUAUGUUCAGGAGGGAUUGCAUAUUUCGUUCACUGAUUCAGAACAAUUAAAAGAUCAAAAUAUAAAAAAGGCUGCUCGAAGUUGGAGUGACAUUUGCAUUUUUAUGUAA